GGUCAGGUAUAAAAGAAAGGGUUAAACCAGGUAGGAAGUCAGUUCAGGAGCAGCAACCAGCAGCACAGUUAGCAAACAUGUCCACCACCAACAUGAACAGGGGCAAGAUCGUCUUCUACGAGGACAGGAACUUCCAGGGUCGUUCCUAUGAGUGCAGCAGUGACUGCAGUGACAUGAGCUCCUACCUGAGCAGGUGCCACUCCUGCAGGGUCGAGAGUGGCUGUUGGAUGCUGUACAACCACAACAACUACAUGGGAAACCAGUACUUCAUGAGGAGGGGCGAGUACCCCGACUACAUGCAGCACUUUGGAAUGAGUGACUGCAUCAAGUCCUGCCGCAUGAUCGCCAUGCACAGAGGAAACUACAGGAUGAGGAUCUACGAGAGGGAGAACUUCGGAGGUCAGAUGCACGAGAUGAUGAACGACUGUGACAACAUCACGGAUCAUUACCGCAUGUCCAAAUGCCAGUCCUGCAACGUGAUGGAAGGUCACUGGCUGAUGUACGAGCAGCCCCACUUCAGAGGCAGGAUGAUGUACAUGAGGCCUGGAGAGUACAGCAACUUCAGCAUGGGCAUGGGAAUGGGAGCCAUGGGCGGCAUGAGUGGUAUGAGGUUCAUGAGCAUGAGGCGUAUCAUGGAUUCCUGGUACUAAAUCGUUCACAAACCUAUUAAAAUGUUCCCUUUUUUAGUGUGACAAA